UUUUAACCUUUCUAAUUUGUAGAAAACAUUGUUCUGAUGGGUGUGGCGAUUUUAAAGAAAAAACUGAGUGAUCUCCAGACAAACCUGAGCCAGGAGCUGCAAAAUGAUGCUCUUCAGAUCAACUGAACUGCUUAAACCUCGAGCCAGGAGCUGCUAAAUAAUGCCCUUCAGAUCAACUUAACUGCUCAAACCAAACUCUUACAAUUAUAAAAGAUAAAAGUACAAGAUAAAAGUUUAAGCUGUUCUUAGUAUUUAAAAGUGAAGAUUUUGAUUAAUUUCAGAUGAAUUAUUAUUUAAAAUGUAAAUUUUGAUACUGGAUUGUACAGUAUACACUAUACAGUGUACACGAAUAAUACUGUGUUGUUAUCUAAGAUGGGUCUAGUUUAUUCAGACUAAAUAUCAAUUGCUGAAUAUAUCUUGAUCAAUAGUCAUGGGGGAUCAGAAGAUACUUGGAUCUAGUUCAAAUUUUUCUCAUGAUAAAGACGUUUCUGAUGAACAUAUCAAACAGGAUCUUGGAGAUGAUCUUGAAGAACCUACUGGAUCUGCUGCAAAGCAAGAUCUUGGCAAUAUCAACCUUAUGUCUCUAAAUGACAACAAGGCUGGUAUGACCGGUCUGGACAAGGAUAAAAUCAAUAGAAUAAUCCAGGCUGCAAGCAAGGGGUCUAAAUUCUACAGUAAACAACAGGAGAACCAAACCAGGAUAGAUGGACAGAUAGCUGGUUUACAGGAGAGAAUGCUUAGGUUGACCCCUACCCAGCUACUCUCAGCACAACAUGAAGCUGAUCUCUAUAUUCAGAACCUACUAGAUAACAUCGAUCUUACUAGAACUCUAGUACAUGUGGAUAUGGAUAUGUUCUAUGCGGCUGUAGAGAUGAGAGAUAAUCCGACCCUUAGAAAUAAACCUAUGGCAGUUGGAGGAAUGGGAAUGCUUUCAACUUCAAAUUAUGCGGCCAGAAAAUUUGGGGUCAGAGCAGCUAUGCCAGGAUUUAUUGGCAAGAAGUUGUGUCCAGAACUAGUGAUAGUUCCUGUUAAUAUGCAGAAGUACGCGGCAGUCUCGCAGGUUGUAAGGGAAGUUUUCAGAGAGUAUGAUGAGAACUUUGCACCAAUGUCUUUAGACGAAGCGUAUAUGGAUAUUACAGAAUACCUUGAGCUUCAUGGUUCAAACUCUUGGGACGUUGUUCAGGAAAUGCGCAGUAAAAUAGAGGAAAGAACUCAACUAACAGCUAGUGCGGGAAUAGCUUCUAAUACUUUUCUUGCCAAGGUCUGCUCCGAUAUAAACAAACCUAACGGACAAUAUGUACUGCCGGCAAAUCAUGCAGAUAUUCUAGAGUUUGUAAACAAACUACCAAUCAGGAAAGCAUCAGGAAUCGGGAAUGUUCAAGAGCAACUGCUGAAAUCUUUAGGUGUUAAUACUUGCGGUGAUCUUUAUCUAAAGCGAGGGGAGAUCAAACUUCUUUUUUCUCAGUUGAGCUUUGAAAAUUAUAUGCAAAUAUCUCAGGGAAUAGGAGGAACUAGGCUGGAACCUCGAGAGGACAGAUUAAGAAAAUCAAUGAGUAACGAAACCACAUUCAAGGAGACUUCAGAUAGAAACAUUCUAAUAGGUUUAUGUGAGGAUCUAUCUAAUGAAUUAGCUGAGGAAAUGAAACGAGAAGAAAUAUUCGGACAGGCUGUAACUAUAAAGAUUAAAUCUCAUGACUUUUAUACAAAGACUAAGGUUAGACAGCUGACAGCGCCGACAAAUGAGGCGGAUAUAAUCUACAGCUGUGCACGACAGCUCCUUGUGAGUCUUCUUGAGAGCGCUGAACUGCAACAACAGCAACCUCUUGUACUUCGGCUCAUGGGAGUCAGGAUGUCGGAUUUAAAGAACAAGAAUGAAAUAAAAUCCAAACAGAGUUCUAUUUCUUCAUUUUUCAACCAAAUCAAACCUGUCGCUGCCGAGGUCCAAGAUAUAUCUAGAACGAAGGAAAAUGAAAUUGUGAAAGAUGAGGAAUCAUGUUUAAAUCUAAAAGAAGAAAAACUAUACGAAUGUCCAAUCUGUCUUGAAUAUAUUGAUGGAUUAGAGAAACUGAAUAUACAUGUUGAUACCUGCUGUUCUAAUUCUUCUUAUCAAACAGAAUUUCUAGAUGGUGUAGAUGCAGAGCCCUGCAAGGAUAAGUUUAAGCUUGAAGAUAAAUCAGCUGAAAGCAGAGAAAUAUCUGUAGAUAACCAUCAGCAUGGAACUAUACCGCAUUCUGUGACAGCUCAUGAGAAUUAUCAAAUUAUUUCUUCUGAGAAUCAUAGUUUAAGUGAUAUUUCUAUUUUAAAAUCUAAUGAAAUGAAUGUUAAUAGUUUAGAAAGUGAAAAUGAUUCAGCAAUAAUCGAUGUCAGGCAACAACCUCUAGAGUAUGUUUGCCCAGUUUGUUUCUCAGCUAGGUUUAAGGAAGAGAGUGGGUUAAACACUCAUAUAGAUGAGUGCUUGAAUAAAACUGAGAUAAAUCAUCUACUGGAAGAGGAAGAGGGUGGGAAGAAGAGGAAAUUAGAAGCAAAACAGAGGGAAGACGGAUUGAAGAAACCUAGGUUAAAAAAUAAUAAAAUUGAAAAUUAUUUUAAAAGAUCUUGAUAUUUUUACGUGAGUGGGUUAAUUAUUCAUUAAAACCAACCAUAUAAUAUGUACUUCUAAAUUGUGUCAAUUUGUCAAUAUUGAAUGUGAAUGUUUGAAUAAUGACUGUUAAUGCAUUUUUGGUGCAGACAGGAAACUACUCAGUACAUACACGCUUUAACAUACGCUUAGUUAUAUACAUUGUACAAAACAAACAUUCAGACAGAAAA